AUGUUCGACUAUUUCAGUGGAAUCGAGAUUAACGAUUACAUCUCAGCCUCCUACUUCAAACGCGUCCAGGAGAUCAGCGAAACUUUCAUCCACUCGAGUGUCUGCAUUCUAGGCGUCCUUCUAAACAUCGGCGCCAUCGUCAUCUGGUACAAGGAUAAACUCGUUGAUAAGAAAUUGCGUUGGAUGUCAAUCAGUGUCAUUCUGGCAGAUCAGAUUUAUCUAGUUAGUUUGGUCUCGUUCAUGCUUGCAAGACCGCGCGGUGAUAACUUGCUAUUUUAUAAUGGAUCGUUAGAGAUUCAACAUUAUUUCGACGUUUCAAGUAAACUGAACUGCACUGAAGAGCUAGCCAAUAUUUCAUCAGUCUACGUUGAAAGUUGCAACAUUACCAUUAACACUACUAACACGACUCUCACUUAUGACCAGCAGGUUGAUUUGCUCAAGAUGUACUACUGCCAAAUUUCCGGCAAAUACCAUUUUGUACAUUACCUAUCUGUUUGGGUUGGGACAUUCCAGUGCUUCUCCAACUGGAUGCUGUACAUGUGCGCUUCGGAAGGAAACAAAAUCAUCAGAAAUAUAGUUUUCAACCAUAAAAGAACCACAAAUAAAUUCUGGCCAAUGUUUGUAUUUAUCUGCAUUGCCCUUUAUUUCAGCGUUUAUGUCCCUGAGUUGAGAAGUCUCAUCAACGAGAAUGUUUUUAGAAAAAAUGUGCACAACUACCUUCUCAUGCCGUUCCUUAACCACUGGGAGUUUGUGCUGAACGAGACGUGCGGCAGUGAUUUAUUUUACAUUCUGUUCUUCAGUCUGACGUAUUCGAUGAACACGCACGUCCUACCUUACGUCAUGAUCGUCAGCAUCGUCAAGAGUACCUUUGACGCCCUUCACGAGUCGCAGAGAGUCAAAAUGACCGAUAAUUUGAAUUUCAUGUCAUCCUGUCGUGCCUACGAGAAAAGCAGUGACGCCGCAAUUCCAUUGAAAACUUUCAAUGAACGAUACGUUCGUCAGAAAUGCAAGAAAGGUAAAGUUGGAGUGAUAUCAGACAACCAGAGGAUCAGAGAAUCAGUCCUCUACCCAUCCCUAGUCAUUUCCAUCACCUGCACCGUCUAUCUGAUAUGCGUGGCACUGAAGAUGAUCAUUUUGAUGUUCAAAUCGUUCGAAUUUGUCAUGAGAUACCUAGCAAACGCACAAAUUUUCUUCGGAUAUUUAAACGUCUAUGCGAAUUUCAUACAGAUCUUGAAGGCCACAGUGCACCUGCCAGUUGUUGUGCUCUUUAAUAAGAAGUACCAGGUUAGAGUUAUGAGGGAGCUAGAACCUUUCAAACGUCUGAUUCGUUGUAACAAUGAUGACGACGACGACGAUGAUGGUAAUUGA